UCAAACACAGUUCAUUCAGUGUGAUAUCACUAGCUUUUUGGACCAGUGGCAACUAUUUAUUUACUUAUACAACAAUGUUUCGCUAUCCCAUCACUAUAAGCUUUCAUGGUUGGUUCUUUGGUGAUGUUUCAUCUACAGGUAUGGUGUGAUUUGACCAUUAUAUCACAUAAAGACACUCACAUUGUUCUCCUCUCCUGACACUCUCUACAGGGAUUGGAUUAAAGCACAAGGCUCCCACCCAGCUCCCUGCCUAUGACUCACUAAAAUGCAGCUUACCCAGUGAUCAAGUUGUGAGGGGCCACGAUCGCACACUGGGACUCCAGGACUGCCCUUCUGCUCUGACCCUGCAGCUGGAGGCGCCGCCGGGAGCAUGAGUGUAGGAAGGAUCAAUCGCUACAGCAUUGUGUCAUCUGAGGAAGAGGGCCUCCGCCUCACUACCAUGCAUGGCAUGAACGGCUUUGGCAAUGGCAAGAUCCAUACACGCCGCAAGUGCCGCAACCGCUUCGUCAAAAAGAAUGGCCAGUGCAAUGUGCAGUUUGCCAAUAUGGACGAAAAGUCGCAGCGCUACAUGGCUGACAUGUUCACCACAUGUGUUGAUAUUCGCUGGCGAUGGAUGCUGGUGGUCUUCACUCUUGUGUUUGUCGUCUCAUGGUUGGUCUUCGGCUUAGCCUUUUGGGUCAUAGCUUUGCUGCAUGGAGAUCUGGAUAACCCAGCCGGAGAUGACAACUUCACUCCAUGUGUCCUACAGGUCAAUGGAUUUGUGGCGGCCUUUCUAUUCUCCAUUGAAACACAGUCUACCAUUGGUUACGGCUACCGCUGUGUGACUGAGGAGUGCCCAGUGGCUGUCUUCAUGGUGGUCUUCCAGUCUAUAGUGGGCUGUAUCAUUGACUGCUUUAUGAUUGGCGCCAUCAUGGCCAAGAUGGCAAGGCCUAAGAAACGAGCCCAAACACUGUUGUUUAGCCACAAUGCUGUCAUUGCCAUGCGGGACGGAAAGCUGUGCCUCAUGUGGAGGGUAGGGAACCUUCGCAAGAGCCACAUUGUAGAGGCCCAUGUCAGGGCACAGCUCAUCAAACCUCGGAUCACUGAUGAGGGGGAGUAUAUUCCUCUAGACCAGAUAGACAUUAAUGUGGGCUUUGAUAAAGGCCUGGACAGGAUUUUCUUGGUUUCACCCAUCACUAUUCUCCAUGAGAUAGAUGAGGAGAGCCCCCUUUUUGGGAUCAGCAAACAAGACCUGGAGACAGCAGACUUUGAGGUUGUCGUCAUCUUGGAGGGGAUGGUGGAAGCAACCGCCAUGACCACGCAGGCUCGCAGUUCCUACUUGGCCUCUGAGAUCCUAUGGGGUCACCGUUUCGAGCCAGUCUUGUUUGAGGAGAAGAACGUGUACAAGGUGGAUUACUCUCACUUUCACAAAACCUACGAGGUGCCGUCCACCCCCCGCUGCAGUGCCAAGGACAUGGUGGAGAACAAGUUCCUAGUCCCCAGUUCUAACUCCUUCUGCUAUGAAAAUGAACUGGCCUUCAUAAGCCGUGAUGAUGAGGAGGAGGAUGUAGGUGGUGGGAGCAGGGCACUGGCGAACCUCAGUCCAGACAGGAACAGCCGACAUGAGUUUGAACGCUUACAGGCCACCAGGGCACUGGAUCAAAGGUCAUAUCGCAGAGAGUCGGAAAUAUGACCUCUACCCAUUAACCCAGGGUCAACCUUAAAUAACUUUAUCCAAGGGUAAAAAUGCAGAACAAUGCAAAGUGCCAUAGGAAAAGCUGACUACUGUGAAAGAUUGGAAAAUAAAUAAGACUUAACUGGAAGGAAUGGGGGAAAGCAAGAGUACACAGCUUAGAAAAUUGUGGUAAGGAAUGUCUACAAUCAAGGAAAAGGCUAGAGAAAGACCUUCUUCCUUAUUGGAAACUUGAAUCUUUUUUCACAUGGUCAUUUUGAGUUAAGAGUGUUCAAUGAUAGUGCAUCAAAAAACUAUUAUGACUGAACCUUAUAAUCAAAUCGUAGGUGUAAAUACAUUGCUUAGGUAAGUUAUGUUUUGUGUGCAGUAUCAGUUUCCAAAAACACCUCUAAAAAAUAGAAGUUGCAAUUUCAACUUGUUCUUGGACACAAAUAAUAGUGUUACGAGGCUCCUUUUAAGCUUUCCUCGCAUUGCUGUAAUUAGCUGGACCUGCGUUCAGUGACACAUUGAAAAUUCAUGCACUGCAGCAUACAGAUGAAAUGAGCCAUGCUAAAACAUCUGACCAUGAGCCACUGAGAACAACAUAAUUCAAACAUCUUCAUUUCAGUAUUGGUGUGAUCCCAAAAUCUACCAACAUAGGGA